UAUGCUGAUCACAAGACCAAAUCACAGUUAGCUGAACGGACGGGCCUCUCUACGGACCAGAUUGCAGCCUGGUUGACAAACGCCAGGAGACGCUUGAUACCCAAGGUCAUACCUAUUGAGAAUCACCGUCGCCGUAUGCAUGGCUUGCCCUCACUGCCCCCGGUGCAGCUUCGGGAGAAAUACCCGCUGGGGAAACCUCCAGGCAGCCGUGAGGAUGCAGACCCUGGAGUCACCUUGUGAUGUCUUAGACUUUGGGAUUAAAUUCAUCAUUUUAAAUCCCAGGAUAAUGUGGUAUGAAUAUAACUGAUUCGUCCUGAAAGAUCGAGGAUGUGCUUAGUAAUUAUUAUGACAUAAUUAUAAGAAGCUAGACACGAUCUCCUUCACUAACCAUGAACCUUCCAAGUUGGAACGCUGCUGGUUUGCGCAUCGGAGAUGUAUUUCAGCUGGGGGUCAGUUCGUUGAGUCUUUCAUUAUCGUGACUGUCAUUUAGGUGGCUAGUCGUCGCACCUUCUGACAGUAUAUUAUCUAUGGUUACAGUGGUGGACGAUUGCUCAUAACCCGCCUCCGUAUGUCCCCUCUUCAUACCUGUACGUACUGCUAGGAACACUGGCUCAAUGUCCCAGUCUUUAAAAGUCAUUAUUCUUAUCCUUUCAAACCGUUUCUUUAGGCGCGCAAGCUCCAUUGCAGCCACUUUGUAACACC